GGCGAAACCAAGCGAAAACUGCAAUAACAUCGUCAUAUCGCAAAAAAUACUGACCGAGGAAAACAACAGUUACGUUUCCGACUAAUGUUUGUACGUAGGAUUUCACUGCCAAUAUGGAGGACGAGGAGACAGCGUUGGCUUUGAUAAAAUUCUACUGUUAUGAGAAGUAUUUCAAUCACGCUGUAAACGCCGCAGCUGCUGCUAAAAGGAAAUGCAGCAAUGAUCAUAUCUACAGUUUUUUCCAUGCCUAUGGUACCCUAAUGCAAGAUGAAAUUCAGGAUGCUUCAGUGGAGUUGGAGACAAUAAGAGACAGCAGAGAUGUGGCUCUCUGCACAUUAAUGGCACUUGUCUAUGCGGAGAAAAAGAAGACAAACCCAGACAGAGAAAUCAUUCAGGAGCUUGAUGCCAAAGUUAAAGAGGACCGCAAAAGUGCUUCACCAAAGAGUCUUUACCAUGCUGGGAUGUUUCUUUGGCUCUUGGGUCGAAAUGACAAAGCAAGAGAGUAUACAGAGAGAAUGAUAAAACUCUCAAAAGGCUCAAGAGAGGGGACAAUCCUGAAGGCCUGGAUAGAUGUGACAUCUGGAAAAGACGCCUACGCCAGAAAAGCUGGAAAAUACUUUGAUGAGGCGCUAAAGGAGAAAGCAGAUGUUUUUGCUCUUAUGGGAAAGGCACAAUACUACGAAUACCGCCAGAAUUACUCUGGAGCAUUGGAGAUGGUUAACCAGGUCAUUGUUGGUUUCCCUGGAUUCUUGCCAGCCCUCAACAAGAAAAUGAAACUGUUGCUCAGCCUUCAGGACUGGGAGCAAACCAUAGAUGCAGCGCACAGGCUUUUACAGAAGGAUAAGAACAACCUGGAGGCCCUACAGAUGCUGGCGCUACACUCUUUAUGCAGGGAGGGAGAUAUUGCAGAGGCAGUAAAGCAGCUUUCAACCCUCAUCAGCAGCUUGGAAAUAGUGGAACCUCACAACCCAGAGCUUUUCUACAGGAUGUCUCUAGCCUUCACUCGUGUGUGUGGACGAAAUGAGAAAGUGAUUGAGCAGACAUUUCGGAUGGUGGAAAGAGCGUUCUCUAUUGCAUCAGGAGACUCUGAUUUAGCCACAGAGCUGGGCUACCAGUCGGUGCUUCACGGCAGAAUCAAGGAUGCUCUGAAGUGGUACAAGACCGCCAUGACUCUGGAUGAAACGAGUGUUUCUGCCAUGACUGGAAUAAUCCGCUGCCAGCUGAUGGAGGGCCAUCUGGAAGAUGCAGAGGAACGCUUGGAAUGUCUGACAGAGAUUCAACAAUCUAUUGGAAAGUCAGGGGAGCUUCUGUACUUGCGUGCUGUUCUGGCAGUGAAAAAGCACCGGCCCCCUGAAGAGGUGACAAACCUUUUGAAUGAUGCCGUGGACACACACUUCUCCACAAUGCAAGGCCUGCCUCUGGGAGUCGAGUACUUUGAGAAACUGAACCCUGAUUUCCUGCUGGAGAUUGUCAAAGAGUACCUUGCACUGUGUCCUGUUAAGCCUCCAGCCCAAGGCCUUCCUCCAGCUCCUCAGCUCCAGCACUGUGCCACACUGUUAGACACGGUGGUCAAGAUUGUUCCUGGUCUCCCUCAAGGGGUCUUUCUUCUGGCAAAAGUCCGAUAUCAGUCUGGUGACAUUGAUGCUGCUCAGAGCAGCCUGCAACACUGUCUGGACCAGUGUCCUUCUCAUGCAGACGCUCAUCUGCUGAUGGCACAGAUCCAUCUGCAGCAAGGAAACUUCACAUUGUGCUCCCAGUCUCUUGAGCUCUGCCUCAGCCACAACUUUGAGAUUCGAGAUCAUCCUCUGUACCAGCUGAUCACUGCUCAGGCUCAGAAGAAAACAGGUGAACUGAAGGAGGCGAUCCAGACCCUGCAGAUGGCCAUGAGUCUCCCCGGCGUGCGCAGAGCUGGAUCUGCGUACAAAUCUAAGAAUAAGAAGAUAGAGCUGAGUCCUGCCGACUGUGUCUCUGUCUUCCUGGAGUUAGCCGAGGCCCUGUGGCUCAAUGGAGAGCAGCAUGAAGCAGCAAAGGUGAUGCAGGACGCCAUCAAUGAGUUCUCGGGGACCCCUGAGGAGCUACGUGUCACUAUUGCCAAUGCAGACCUGGCACUGCUCCGCGGUGACACCGAGCUGGCGCUGAGCAUGCUCAGAAACAUUACCCCUGAGCAGCCGUACUACAUCCAAGCCAAGGAGAAAAUGGGAGACAUCUAUCUGAACCACAGGAAGGAGAAACGGCUGUAUGCAAGCUGUUACAGAGAAAUGGUGGAGAAGCUGCCAAGCCCUCAUACAUACCUUUUACUAGGAGAUGCCCUUAUUAACAUCCAAGAGCCGGAGAAAGCCAUCGAGGUUUAUGAGCUCGCUCUGAAGAAAAACCCCAAAGAUGGAGCUCUGGCAAGCAAGAUCGGGAAAGCCCUCGUCAAGACUCACAACUACGCCAAGGCCUUGAAUUACUACGAGGCUGCACUGAAGACUGAGCAGCAGAACUUCCUGCGCUACGACCUGGCUGAGCUGCUGAUGAAGCUGAAGCAGUACGAGCGCUGUGAGAUAGUGCUGCAAGAAGCUCUGGCUCAUGACCCAGUUAAUGAACUGCCGGCACUAUCAGAUGACUGCCGUUAUCUUGUCCUGUUGGCAAAGAUCCAAAGCAAGGUCGACAAAAAUGAGGACGCUCUUCUCUCUCUACAAAAAGCCCGGGAUGUGCAAGCCAAAGUCCUGAAGCGGGUUCAGUUGGAGCAGCCCGACGCCAUCCCCGUGCAGAAACAGCUUGCAGCCGAGAUCUGUGCUGAGAUAGCUAAACACUACACGAGUCAGAGGGGCUAUGAGAGAGCAGUCAAAUUCUACAAAGAAGCUCUUGUGUAUUGUGAGACCGAUCGCAAGGUGAUGCUGGAGCUGUCCCGGCUGUACCUCACUCUAGAUGAGGUUGAUGCAUGCCAGGAGCAAUGCAGCAUCAUCCUGAAGAAUGACCAGUUUAAUGAAGACGCUACUCUGAUGAUGGCCGACAUUAUGUUUAGAAAGCAGGACUACAACCAGGCAGUUUUCCACUUUCAACAGCUUCUGGAGCGCAAACCAGACAACUAUCCCACACUGUCCCGGCUUAUUGACUUGUUAAGGAGAGCUGGGAAGUUAGAAGAAGUUCCAAGGUUUAUUGAAAUGGCAGAAAAACAUUCUCCCAGGACAAAGUUUGACCCGGGGUUCAACUACUGCAAAGGGCUUUAUCUUUGGCACGUGGGACAGCCUAACGAAGCUCUGCGACACUUCAACAAAGCACGGAAAGACAACGACUGGGGUCAAAAUGCUGUGUAUAACAUGAUUGAAAUCUACCUUAACCCCGACAAUGACACCAUAGGGGGAGAAGUGUUUGAGACUUUGGAUGGGGAAAUAGGGAACUCCACAGAGAAGCAGGAGUCGGAGCAGCUCGCUGUGAGAACAGCUGAGAAGUUGCUGAAGGAGUUAAAGCCUCAGACACCAGGCGGACAUGUGCAGCUCCGCAUCCUGGAGAACUACUGCGCAUUGGCUACUAAGCAGAAGGCCAAUGUAGAGAAAGCACUGAGUGUGUUCACAGAGAUUGCAAACAAUGAAAAAGACCAUGUUCCAGCUCUGUUGGCGAUGGCGACAGCAUAUAUGAUGCUCAAGCAAACUCCCCGAGCCAGAAACCAGCUCAAACGCAUAGCUAAGAUGAACUGGAGCAUCGUGGAUGCCGAUGAGUUUGAGAAGAGCUGGCUGCUCUUGGCAGACAUCUACAUCCAGUCCGGGAAGUAUGACAUGGCCGGGGACCUCUUACAGAGAUGCCUCAACCAUAACAAGUCAUGCUGUAAAGCCUAUGAAUAUCGGGGCUACAUAAUGGAAAAAGAGCAGGCUUUCCGUGAUGCAGCAUCCAGCUAUGAAAUGGCUUGGAAAUAUGGAAACAGGACCAACCCAACUAUUGGAUACAAGCUUGCGUUCAACUACUUAAAAGCAAAAAGAUACGUGGACGCCAUCGAUGUCUGCCAUAAGGUUCUGGGUGCUCAUCCAAACUAUCCAAGAAUGAGAAAGGACAUCCUGGACAAAGCUCGUGCUGCUCUGAGAUCUUAGAAACUGAAUCUAAGACCGAUACAAUGCCUCUGUAACUGAAUGAGUGUGUGUUAGUUUCACCAUUACUGUUUACUUUUACUGUCUUCUUACAAUAAUAUGCCCUUAUUUUUUAUUAUUCCUUUUGUCGAAACAUAUUUAAGAGAGAAUCCCUUAGACACUUUGCUAUGUAAAUUUCUUUACGUCUGUGAAUAGUUGGGUGCUGGCAAUCCUCAUGGAAAUCUCAGUGCAGACACAUGCAAGCAGCUGAAAGCAUUUCUGAUCUUUCCUUAAAAGUCUUCACACCUCAAAAGUUCAAAAGAUUGUGAAGUAUCAAAAUGAAAUAUUGCAAAAGGACCUGAAAUAAAAGCUUUUUCUUAUCUACAGA